GCCUGCAAUCCACCAGAUCGCGGGCAUAUCCUCAGGACUGCGAGAGCUCCACACACGGCAGGCAACCGCUCUGCGCUGAAUCACCGAGGCAGCAGCGCGGGCCCGUCGUCCGCCAGCAAGAGCCGCGAGUCGCGGCCGCCGGCCUCUUCGCCUUCGGCCGCCGCCCCCACCUCCGCCCCCGCCGCCGCGAUGCCGCUGUCGACGAGCCGCGACGAGUUCCUGCACGCGGACGCCAUCGAGUACGGCCGCAAGGGCGGCUGCUUCGUCUCGACGGGCCGCGCCCUCGCCUUCGUCUUCGCCGCCGUCCUGUUCGCAGCGCUCGUCGGCGUCCUCGUCUACUACUUCGGCGUCGCGACUAGGAAACAGGCGCCUGUAGCGCAGGCGGCCACCAACGGCUCGGCUAGACCGGGAGGCGGAGAGGCGCCUGCCAGUGGCGGCGCCGGAGGCGGCGGUGAGGGCGAAGGCGGCCCCCAGAAGCCGCCCCCGGCGUCCGAGCGGCUGAGCCCUCGGGUGCGUCCGCACCUCUACGAGCUGCACCUGAAGCCAUACCUGGGGGAGGGCACCAACUUCACCUUCAUAGGUCACGUCGCCAUCACCAUCAGCGUCGACGAAGGCACCAGCGCAGACACCGUCGUCUUCCACUCCAAGCAACUCAACAUCUCUGCCGAAGAGGUCGCCAUCACAGUCGACAACACCAACACGACGGCAUCGCCCGCUGCCGGCGGUGGCAACUCCACCACCACCACCACCAGCAGCAGCAGCGGCGGCAGGCCCACCGUGGUGAGCCAGAGGGCCGACCCUGCCCAGGAGACGUACUCGCUGUCGGUGUCGCCGCCGCUGCAGCCGGGCGCCCGCUACGUGCUCGAGAUCCCCUUCCGAGGCGUGCUGCGCGACUCCCUCACCGGCUUCUACCGCACCUCCUACCGCGAGGAUGGCCGCACCAAAUGGAUGGCACUUACACAGUUUGAGGCGACAGAUGCGCGUGCAGCAUUCCCCUGCUUUGAUGAGCCCGGGCUGAAGGCCAGGUUCCAGAUAAGCAUCGCUCACUCCACCAACUACACUGCAGUCUCCAACAUGCCCAUCGUGCGUUCCGAACAGCUACAUGGUGAACCGGGUUGGGUGGUGGAUCAUUUUGGCAUAACUCCACCGAUGUCCACAUACUUGGUGGCAUUCAUUGUCUCUGAGAUGGUGUUUGAAACAGUAAAUGAUUCUGUUCCGGUGAUGACUACUCCAGAGCGAGGACCUCCGCCAACUGUCACGAACACAGCUGCUCCUACCAUUCCACCUGCUGCCACUUCCUCUUCAUCUGCCACCCCGAGAGGCAAAUCUCUGUCAACUGACUUCAGUACUGACACAGGUGUGGUGGAUACCAGAGGCACAAAUGAAACAAGUGUGACAACCAUUCAGUCGUCUCCUGCUGACACUGGACCGUCUAGCCGCUACACGACUGUCGGCAAUGAGACUUCCCACGAGCUGAGUGACGCGACUUCUGGCACACGCAGCUCUGAAGUGACUAGCAGUGCAUCUGCAGAACACAGUUCCAACACUGCCGACUCCAGUCCUCUGUUCAACGCUUCUCACACGGCGGGCAUCCGAGGCGGAACAUCUGGUACUACGAUCGGCACGUCAGCUCCGAGUUCCAGUUCUGGUAACACGAGCACGGUUGAAAUGGCGCCCACGAGCUCGAGCACUGUUCUCGCCACUCGAACUUCGAACGGUAGCACCGGCACACCAGUUGGCGCUCCCACUUCAAUUGGAAGCACCAGUGCACCGACUAGGAUCUCCUCUGUGAAUGUAAGCACCAGUGCGUCGACUGGCAUUCCCUCUUUGAUCGGAAGCACCAGUGUACCGACUGGUAUUCCCUCUUUGAAUACAAGUACCGGUGCACCGACCAGUGCCGGCACGCUGGCGAGUUACACUUCGAGUGGAACAGUGUCGCAUUCUGGCAGUGCUCACACCGUACCGGUGGACGUCGACACUUCGUUAGCUUCCCGGACUGCGAGCAUGGCUACGUCGUCUGACAGCCCUGUCAUUUCCAGCAGCUCUGCGCCCGGAAACAGUGCCGAAACCACUUUUGCGGUGACAGACAGCGAGGCUGGUGGCAGCUCAGUCUCGGUAGUAAAUGUCACGGCGGGCGCACACGGUCCGGUAGUAACUACGGCUCCAAGUAGAGGGGCGUCGCACGUAAUGACUACCACAGUAGAGACUGCGGUUCCCACGGAUGUGAUCACUGCUCUGCCACUUACUGGUGGGUCUGCCAGUCACUCCAGUCGUGGCAGCAGAUAUGCUACCGCUGUCUUCAUUCCGUCCACCUCGCAGGUUGCAAAUCGUCUAAGUGGAAGCUCAUUUCCAGGGAAUGCAGGAACUUCAGCUGGGUUUGCAGUUCCACAGGCAAAUGCACUGUUUCCGACUCCUGGGCGCCGUAGGAAGAGAGAAGCACCUGCAACAAAUGCCUCUGCCAACAGCACAGCCGUGCCACUCCAGAUACGAAUGAUAGUUCGGCCGCAUCUCAGAAAGCAGGCGCAUUACGCACUCAGUGUGACACCAAAAAUACUUAACUUCUAUGCGGACUACUUUGGAAUAGCUUAUCCUCUGCCAAAAAUGGACUUUGCUGCUAUUCCUGACUUCCAGUACGGUGGCAUGGAAAACUGGGGCCUCGUUACAUACUGGGAGACACAAGUACUCAUUGGCCCAGAAACAACUACAGACAGCCUGGAGAAGGCAGCCACUACCGUGGUUCAUGAACUUGGACAUCAGUGGUUCGGUAACCUCGUCACACCGACGUGGUGGACUGACAUAUGGCUAAAUGAGGGCUUUGCCACAUACCUUGAAUACCUGGGGACUGAUUUCAUUGAACCAACAUGGGAAAUGAUAGACAAAUUUGUGAAUGACAUGCACGAUGUCAUGUCUGUAGACAGCAUGCAGUCGACACACCCUGUGUCCAAUGCAGUCGGGUCUGCUGCUCAGAUACUUCAAGCUUUUGAUGAAAUCUCCUACACCAAAGGUGCCUGCCUUAUUCGGAUGCUAAAUCACAGUCUAACAGAACCUAUGUUCAGGAAAGGAAUGGUAAUCUAUAUAGACAAAUGGAAAUAUUCGAAUGCAAAGCAGGAUGACCUGUGGUGGUCCAUGGAGGAAGCUGUGAGGAAUUCGUCCUUGCAUGAGCAUGCAUUGCCACAGAAUGCCACGGUGAAGCAGGUGAUGGAUUCCUGGACACUGCAACCCGGCUUCCCUGUGGUUACAGCCAUUCGUAACUACGUUAAUGGUUCUGUCACCAUCAACCAGACCAGGUUCACCACAGAUGGCCGUCCUGUGACAAACUCUUCUUUGCAAGCCUGGUACAUACCGGUAAGCUUUGCCACACAGGAUGAUGUUAGGUCAGGAAACGUGUCUACGAAGCCUCGCAUAUGGCUGGGUGUGGAGGAAGGCCAGCGGUCGACCAACAUUCUCGGAGUUCUCCCUCCAGGAGCCCCGGGGACGGCCAAGUGGCUCCUGCUGAAUCUCCAACAGACAGGCUACUACCGGGUGAACUACGACACGACCAAUUGGGAACUGCUGGUGCGGCAGCUGGCGACAGCUCCGCUGCAGCUGCCGACGUCGACACGUGCGCAACUCAUCUCGGACUCGCUGUCGUUGGCCCGGUCUGGCGCCCUUCCCUACGGCAUCGCACUCAACCUGACACGGUACCUGCGCGACAGCCGCGCCGAAGUCAGUCUUGUGCCGUGGCAGGCUUUCCUGGAUGCCACACUGCACCUCGAGGCUGGGCUCAGCCUCACGCCCACCUAUGUGCCGCUCAAGAGGUAUAUGCUGAGCGUUCUGAUGCCGUUACUCGAGCGGCUGCAGCUGGACCCGCAGCCCACUGACAGCCUGCCCACAAAACAACUGAGGGCACGUGUCCUCUCCAGGGCACUCCGCCUGGAGGCGCGCAAUGUCACAGACUGGGCGGAAAGGCUGUUCGCACGGUGGAUGGCAGCACCUACCAAUUACACGAUUCCCGUGGACCUGCGGCCUACCGUGUACUGUGCUGCUGUGAUGGAGGGCGGUGACGCCGAGUUCAACUUUGCGAUGGCUCAGUUCCGCAAGACAACGGACCCGGCACAGCAGCGCGUCCUACUGUCCGGCCUCAUGUGCAGUCGGCAGCCCUCACUGAUCGCCAUGUUGCUUAACGCUCCUCUAGAAGGCAAGAUCAUGAGGGUUCAGGAUGCGUUAACAAUCUGGAGGGCUGUUCCGAGAAACCCUGUGGCUCGUGCUAUAGCUUUUGAUUAUGUAAGGGAACACUGGACUAACCUUACAAAAAGAUUUUCUGACACAGACUUCCCCAUUAAGGACAUGCUGGAAGGUGCUGCUGCUGGACUGAGCACUCAGGUGCAGCUGGACGAUCUGAAAGCUUUCCGCGAAUCACACAGGGGGCAGUUUGCCUACACAUCUGCCGCCAUAGAGCGUGCCAUCGAGUCUCUGCAGGAAGUAGUGUCUUGGACACAACGUUUUCAUAAAGAUAUCGCAAACUGGCUAGACUCACCGGCUGCAGCCGUUCCGCAUCACAUGUAUCGUGCCAUGACGCCUGCUGCACGACCUUCUAUCCCGGUUGUCUCCUCUACGAGGGCAUCACCGGUUGCUGUGUAGAAAUAUAGCACUAUUGCAGCAGUGAAGUGUUCCUUUGAUUGUGACUGUGUGGAGACACACUUGCUAUUCAUCAAAACAGAAAUGAAGACUGCCACAGCAACUUCCAGUGACUUCCUGUAAACUUGAUUUUAUUACCAAUACUAACAUCCAUAAUGUAUUGAAUUUUCUUUGGCAGGAACCAGCACUAUUGGUACAUAAAAUGACCUACCAGUUCCGUUUCAAUUGCUACACCGCUUGCACCGUAGUUUUUUACUUCAUCUGGCAGAAUUUGGACAAAUAUGUUCACCAUAAAGUACCAGGAACUGAUAAAAACAUUUUCUAGUGUGAGUUUCUUUUCCUUCUUUCUAUUAAAACACUUAAGAACCCAUCAUUUAUCAAAUGUGUGAAAGUGAAAAAUGAUAGUCAGUUGAAGAAAUAUUACAGAACUUAACGUCAUUUUGUUAUCCUAGGUGCUUUAAACAUUUGUACAAAGAGGUCUUACAUACUACACUGAGCUGAGAAGUAAUGUGUAUAAGAGUACUGAUAAUAAAACAUCGGCAGUAAAACAGAACUUUCAGUAAGACUUGAAAUUCUACUGUUAUCAUCCUAGUUCAUGAUUUCAGAAUGGCAUUCUUGAUGGUGGAUAACACAUUUAAUGGUGAUUUGCUUCUUUUUUAUGAUACAUCAUUUUUGUGUCCUUGUGCAGUGACCAACAGAGCUUUUUUAUAUAAUUUUCAAAUGUAGUUAUCAAUGACAAAUCCCUAUUCUUGCAAAGAAAAUAUUUUGGAAAACAAAAUUAAUUCGUUUUCUCUGGAGUAUAUCAGUGUUUGUCUGUUACUGAAUGAAUUCACAAUCCGCAAUUGUUCCAUUAAAAUGCAUUACAAAUGUUUGUAGUACUGCCUUCUUCAUAAAGGCGUUAAAAAUCAAUGUAGGCUAGGAAUGUGAACACAAAGUUAGUGAUGGAAAUGUUUCAUCAACAAACAAAACUGUCAUAAACGUUUAUAUAGUCAAGCUGCGCCAUUUGAGCAAAAAGCAUUCAGGACGUCGGCAACAUGUAGUACAAUGUAUGAUGGCUGGAAGCAUUUCAUGAAUAAAUCAUUCCAAAGAUGUCUUAAAGACAACAUUUGUGCAACCUUCUUGUAAAUAGUACUGUAUAAAAGAUGCUGUAAGAUAAAACUUUCUUUUGAGUAUUUUACCUCUCUGUACUAAACCUUUAUUGUAACCUUUUCACUGAAAUGAAAUUUCAUUUAGAUUUUUGUAGUUUUUGUGAGAUUCCUAAAGAACAGUCAUUUUAAUAAAAUAAUGUAUUUAUUUACUGUGCCUCUGUAAUGGAUUUAUGUGAUUAACUUAACAAAGACUGAAAGGAACUACUAGAUAUUGUGCCUUCUGUUAAAAUAUAUAGACAGUAUAUAUGAAUAUUUGUGACUGAAAAUGUGAAAUUGUACCUUAAUGUUACUGAAAUACACAAUUGAAGAAAAAUAAGGAUAGGCAUGCUCAAAUACAUACACGGAACAGCAAAGAAAAUUUAACUAACUUUUGAGCUCAAGUCCUUAAAUCCCCUACCUCCUCCUCCUCCUCUCUCUCUCUCUCUCUCUCUCUCUCUCUCUCUCUCUCUCUCUCUCUCUCUCUCUCUCUCUCUCUGUCACACACACCAAUAAUCUUAGGUGAUUGCUUGCUUAUCUUUAUUUUUGUUCCUUAUUUCCAUUACUGUAAAAUACACAGUUUGUUUCAUUGCAUCAUCUGAUAGGUGUGUGUGUCCUUGAACUACAAUUGCAUUAUUAAUUACCACAUACCAGGAAAAUAUGCCAUAAUCACCAGUAAAUAAAUACUAUAUUGCAGGGAUAUAACUGUUUGUAAUAGGAAAGUAAAUAAGUCAAAAUUGUAUUUUGUUAAUUAUAUGAAUUUGUAUUUUUAAUGUUUGUUUUGAAUAAAGAAGUUCGAUACA